GGAAAUGGGAGGAGAGUCACACAGUUUAACUUUGGAGGAGGUUUGAACGGCGAAGGCCCUUUAAAAGCCGGAGUGAGUGAGUGAGUGAGUGUGUGUGUGUGUGUGUGAGUGUGGAUGUCUGCCGUGAAUCAGUAGAGUUCACUGAACCGUCGCGAAGAGACGUUUCCGCCCACAAGAAAGAUGGCGGCUCCCUUGCUGGAGAACCUCUCGGAGUCCUUAGGUUCCACGGAGCCAGCGGUUCGACUCAUAUUAUCUAUUUUAAUCGGAUAUCCCUGUGCUCUGGUGUACCGGCGGUUCUUGUUCUACCAGCCUGCAACAGUCAUACACUUGUUCCACGCGUUCUCUGGACUGGCUCUAGCAGCAUUCAACUUUGGCUCUCAGAUCUAUCACUCCGCAGUAUGCAUCCUUGUCCAAUUCCUGAUGCUGAGACUCAUGGGAAGGACGGUAACAACUGUCCUGAGCAGCUUUACCUUUCAAAUGGUUUACCUGCUGGCAGGGUAUUACUACACAGCGACAGAGGAGUAUGACAUCAAAUGGACUAUGCCUCAUUGUGUGCUCACACUCAAACUCGUUGGUCUGUCAUUUGAUUACUAUGACGGCGGGAAGGAACCAUCCCAGUUGAGUUUAGAACAGAGGAAUGGAGCCCUGUCGUCUGUGCCCUCACUGCUCGAGAUGUACGGCUUUUCCUACUUCUAUGGAGGCUUCUUGGUGGGGCCUCAGUUUACAUUGCGCAGCUACCAGAAGCUGGUGGCAGGGGAGCUCACCGACUGCCCUGGACAGCCUCCAAACAGUGUUAUACCGGCUAUGAAGAGAUUUGCUUUAGGUUUUCUCUGCCUGGUGAUUUAUGCAAUAUUUAGUCCCUAUUACCCAGACAGCUACUACUUAACAGAUGAGUAUGAUGCUCAGCCCUUCUGGUAUCGCUGUGUGUUUAUUCUGCUUUGGGCUAAAGUCAUUUUGUAUAAAUAUGUCAGCUGUUGGGUUAUAGCGGAGGGUGUAUGUAUAUUAGCUGGACUAGGCUACAAUGGUGUAGUGGAUGGAAAGCACAAGUGGGACGCCUGUGCCAAUAUGAAGGUGUGGCUCUUCGAAACCACGCCACUUUUUACAGGAACCAUUUCUUCCUUCAACAUCAACACAAACGCCUGGGCUGCCAGACAUGUCUUCAAGCGGUUGAAGUUCCUUGGCAACAAGUCCCUGUCUCAUGUGACGACACUCAUCUUCCUGACGAUUUGGCACGGCCUUCACUCCGGAUACAUCCUGUGCUUCUCUAUGGAGUUCUUCAUCAUCACUGUAGAGAGACAGGCCUUGGCACUAGUGAGGGACAGUCCCUUGCUGACGAAGCUGGCCAACAGCCCGCUCUACCCUCUCAUCUAUGUAGUCCAGCAGUUUCUCCACUGGCUCUUCAUGGGCUACCCCUUAGUGCCGUUCUGCCUCUUCACUUAUGACAAAUGGCUGAAGGUGUAUUCGUCCAUCUAUUUCUGUGGACACGUGGUCUUCCUCGCAGCCUUUUUAAUCAUACCAUACCUCCGUAAGGCGCUGGUGCCUAAGAAAGAACGGAGCCAGAUAAAGCAGGAUUAAAACUCGGUACUAAGAGCUGGCAUGGUCCGUCGAAGGCUGAAUAUCCACUGAAGGGAACUGUGACUUUCAAGGAGCAGAAUGGAAAAUAUUUUAAGGCCUUUAGUAAUAUAAAUAUAUAUAUAUGUCCAUGUAAAAAUAAAUUUCUAUAUAUUUUUGUGUUUUAAAUGGGAGGGUGUUUUUAUAAACAUUUGGAGAAAUGUUUACAGGAAAUGACCAUUGUGCCACAUGGGGUAAUUGUGAGCCAAUCAGGGGCGAUUUCCUGUUUUGGGGUUUUUCUUUCUUUUUUUUUUUUGUUAAAGAAACCUGGAACUUGUUGGACUUGAGAGACUUACAUGCUGUCGACACAGAAUUGCACUCACCAAUUCACGGGAUCAGAGUCUGUCAUUGGCUCCAAUGUGUUUGUUUUUGUUUCAUUUCUCUAUUUCACGUCAAGCACCCACAUUUAUCUGCAGCAGCAAGUCUUCACGGGAUAUUUAAGCACAGGGCCAGCAUACAUGGCACCAUCUGAUGUAAUACAAAAUGCUUACAGCAAAAGACAUAAUAAUGAUGAUGAUGAUAAUGAUAAUGAUAAUAAUAAUAAUAAUAAUCAGGGGGUUGUUUCUUGAAAAUGGCUGCCAGUGGUUAUACAAGCACUGUAAAUCACACACUGAACACUAACCCCCAACUCAAAAUGGCCUUGUAUUAAUGAAUGUUUUUACAUUACAUUUGUUUUGGUUUUAAUUGAUUUGUGAUGAAAGAGGAAAAAAAAAAAAGACUUGAUUUUAUAGAGUUUUAACAGCUUUUAUGAAAAAGAAAAUUUUGUAGCUUUGGAUAAGAUACAAGAAUUUGCAUUGUUCUCCUGCCUUUCCUCGUUUGAUGUUGCUGGGGGGGGUUUGUUUUUUUCUUGCCGUGUAUCCUCUUCUUCUCCCUCCGUUCAGUCGACGCCACUCCUCCGUCGGCCGUGAUUCAAGCCCUCGAGCUCUUGAGAUACACUGAAAGUGAAACAUUUCAGUUGGAGACUUGCACACUGCCCAACCAAACAGUCACUACAGUUGAUCAUUUUUGGUUCAUCUUAUAUUCACUCUGGUCACCAUGAAAAAGGCUGUUGGUUGUUUGUUGUUUUUAAAUUGAGGAAUUGCCUCAUUUGGAACUGGAAGGAAAACAAAACAAAAAUAUAUGAAAAAAAAAAGAAAUCCACUUUUGUUGUUUCACCCAUGACCUGCUCUUCUGUUUCUUACAGCAGGUGGUGAUUAAAAAGUGUGUGAACUAGAAGCAUCCCACCCCACUGUGGGAAUGCCUCUCUAUUUUGUUUAUUUAAUUUUUUUCUGUCGGGGGGGGGGCUGUAUAGUCUGAUCCAUGGGAUGCUGGAGGAAGGCCCAGCACUGCUACUGCUGCUGCCGUCUCUCUCGCAGACUAACACACAUGGAGAGGACGAACCUCACUGUAGCAACAGCCCAGAUUUUAGUAAUAUUUAUACAUGACAUGGUGAUUAUUAAUUGAUGUGAAUUGCUAUUUCAA